AUGCACGCCGCCGCCGCGGCCGCCGCCGCGGUCGCGCCGGUCGGGGCGCCGCGCUCACGAGGGCUCCGCCGCCCUCACGGUCGCGCGGCGGUCGUCCGGGGCGCGAGCGCGUCGUCGUCCUCGGACGCGUCGUCGUCGUCGUCGUCGUCGUCGUCGUCGUCGUCGUCGUCGAAUCCGCCUCGCUCUCGCGACUUUCGCUUCUGCGUCGACCGCGGCGGGACGUUCACGGACGUCUACGCGGAAGUCCCGGACGCCGCGAACCCGUUCCGCACGUUGAAGCUCCUGAGCGAGGACCCGGCGAACUACGAGAGCGCGCCCAGGGAGGGGAUACGACGCAUCCUGGAGGAAGUCACGGGGAACGCCAUCCCGCGAGACGCGCCGGUGCCGACGGAACGCAUCGAGUUCAUCCGCAUGGGGACCACGGUCGCGACGAACGCGCUGCUCGAGCGCGAUGGCGCUCGGUCCGCGCUCGUCGUCACGCGCGGGUUCAAAGACCUCCUCGAGAUCGGGAACCAGGCGAGGCCGGACAUCUUCGACCUGAAGAUCGAGCGCCCGUCGCGGCUGUACGAGAGGGUGUUGGAGGUGGACGAGAGAGCGCGCGUCCUGGACACGAGAUCUCGCGCGAGCGAUCGCGAAGCCGCUUCCGCCGCUUCAGCCGCCGCGGACGACGACGGCGCGGCGGGCGGCGUCGUCGUCGCCGGCGUGACCGGCGAGGAUAUCCUCGUCGAGCGCGCGAUCGACCUCGAGGCGCUCAGGCCGCGGCUUCAGGCGCUCCUGGACGACGGGAUCAAGUCGCUCGCGGUAGUUUUCAUGCACGCGUACGCGUUUCCAAAUCACGAGCGCGCCGCGGGCGAUCUCGCGCGAUCGAUGGGGUUCGAGCGCGUGUCCACGUCGAGCGAGCUCGUGCCGAUGGUGAAGAUCGUGCCGAGGGGGCACACCGCGAGCGUGGACGCGUACCUCACGCCGUGCAUUCGUACGUACUUGGACGCGUUUCUGUCCGGGUUCGACGACGGCUUGAAAGACGUCAACGUAUCGUUCAUGCAAUCGGACGGCGGGCUCACCCCGGCGGGCUCGUUCAGCGGGUACAAGGCGAUCCUGUCCGGCCCCGCGGGCGGGGUCGUCGGGUUCGCGCGGACGACGUCCGGGGAGGCGGACGGCGCGCCGGUCAUCGGGUUCGACAUGGGCGGCACGUCCACGGACGUGAGCCGGCACGACGGGGCGUCGACGGGGUUCGAGCAAGUCACUGAGACGCGAACCGCGGGGGUGACGAUUCAGGCGCCGCAGCUGGACAUCACGACCGUCGCCGCGGGGGGCGGGUCGAAGCUGACGUUUCGAUCGGGGACGUUUCGCGUCGGCCCGGAAUCCGUCGGGUCGCAGCCCGGGCCGGUGUGUUAUCGCAAGGGCGGGAAGGAGCUGUCCGUGACGGACGCCAACGCGCUGCUGGGGAGGGUGUCGCCGGCGUAUUUUCCAAAGAUAUUCGGCCCGACCGAGGACCAGCCGCUGGAUAUCGAUGCCGUUCGACGCGCGUUCGAGGCGGAGGCGGAUACGAUCAACUUCGAGCUCGGGUUCGACGGAAAAGACGAUUCGAAGCCGAAGCUGACCCCGGAGGAAGUCGCGCUCGGGUACGUGCGCGUCGCGAACGAGGCGAUGUGCCGGCCGAUUCGCGAAAUCACGGAGAGCAAAGGCGUCGAGACCGCGGCGCACGCGCUCGCGGCGUUCGGCGGCGCGGGGCCGCAGCACGCGUGCGCUAUCGCGCGCGCGCUCGGCAUGCGACGCGUGUUCGUGCACAGGUUCUGCGGGAUCUUGUCCGCGUACGGCAUGGGGCUCGCGGACGUCGUCGCCGAGGCGCAGCGGCCGUUCGCCGCGUCCGCGCUGUCCGAGGAUGGGAGACGAGCGGCGCGGCGAGCGUCGGACGAGCUCAGAGCGCGCGUGGUGUCGGAACUCGCGGCGCAGGGCUUCGCGAUGGACGACAUCGCGACGGAGACGCUGCUGAACCUGCGGUACGAGGGCACGGACACGGCGAUCAUGACGUCGGGAGGAGAGCGACGACACGGCGCGGACGGCGGCGACGCGGGCGUCGAUUUCGAAUUCGAUUUCGAAUUCGAAUUCGAUUUCGAUUUCGUCGCCGCGUUCGGCGAGCGCUUCCGCCGAGAGUACGGGUUCGACCUCGCCGGUUCCCGAGACGUCGUCAUCGACGACGUCCGCGUGCGCGGCGUCGGGAGCGCGUCGCUGCUCACGCGCGUGCCCGUGGACGUCGCGAAGGACGACGAGCCGCUCCCCGAGCCGGACAGCGUCGCGGAGGUGUACUUCGAAGGCGGACUCGAGUGGACGAAGACGCCGGUGUUUCUCGCGGAGGCACUGAAGUUUAAACACGCGAUCAGAGGCCCCGCGGUGGUGAUGAACGGCACCUCGACGUGCGUCAUCGAGCCCGGGUGCGUCGCGUCCGUGACCGAGUUCGGCGACCUUUCUAUCGACGUGCACCCGACGCCCACCGCGGAGAGAGAAGAAGACGCGGAGACGGCGAUCGAAGAAGAAAAAGACGAACCGACGCCCGAAGAAGAAGAAGAAGAAGAGGACGCAUACCAAUCCCCAGACGCGGUCCAGCUGUCGAUAUUCAACAACCGGUUCAUGGGCAUCGCGGAGCAGAUGGGCCGAACGCUGCAGCGCACGUCCACGUCGACGAACAUCAAAGAGCGUCUGGACUUCAGCUGCGCGUUGUUCGGCCCCGACGGCGGCCUCGUCGCCAACGCGCCGCACGUCCCCGUGCACCUCGGCGCGAUGAGCAGCACGGUGAAGUGGCAGCUCGAUCGGUGGAACGGCUCCGAUGAACGCUCGCGAUUGAACCCGGGGGACGUCCUCGUGACGAACCACCCGUCCGCGGGGGGGUCGCACCUGCCGGACAUCACCGUGAUCACACCCGUGUUUAGGGACGGCGAGUGCGUUUUUUUGGUCGCGUCGCGGGGGCACCACGCCGACGUCGGCGGGAUGACCCCCGGGUCGAUGCCGCCGUUCUCGAGAACGCUCGCGGACGAGGGCGCGGCGAUCAAGACGUUCAAACUCGUCGAGGGCGGCGUUUUCAUGGAGGAGGGGAUCACCGCGCUGCUCACGAAGCCCCCGGACGGCAGCCCCGGGACGCGAAAACUACGCGACAACCUCAGCGACCUCGCCGCGCAAGUCGCGGCGAACCAGCGCGGUAUCGCGCUCAUCGACGAGCUCAUCGACGAGCACGGUUUGUGCAAAGUCCAGGCGUACAUGCGCCACGUCCAGGACAACGCGGAGCUCGCGGUGAGGGACACGGUGAGGGAGUACGCGUCGAGGCUAAAGCGCGAGCGUCCGACCGCGUCGGACGCGUCCGACCCCGAACACCGCGUGUCGCUCACCGCGGAGGACAAGAUGGACGACGGAAGCGUCGUGAAGCUGACGCUGACGCUCGACACGCGCGACGGCAGCGCGGUGUUCGACUUCACCGGGACCUCCGACGAGGUGCGCGGGAACUGGAACGCGCCGCCCGCGGUGACGACGGCGGCGGUGAUUUACUGCGUCCGGUGCCUCGUGAACCAGGAAAUCCCUCUGAACCAGGGCUGCUUAUCCCCGAUCACGAUCGUCGUCCCGGACGGGACGUUCCUGUCCCCGAACGACGGCGCCGCGGUCGUCGGCGGGAACGUCCUCACGUCCCAGCGCGUCACGGACGUGUGCUUCGCCGCGUUCGAGGCGUGCGCGAACAGUCAGGGGUGCAUGAACAACUUGACGUUCGGGGACGACACGUUCGGAUACUACGAGACGAUCGGCGGCGGCGCCGGGGCUGGCCCGACGUGGGACGGCGCGUCAGCGGUGCAGUGCCACAUGACGAACACGCGGAUCACGGACCCGGAGAUCAUGGAGCGGCGGUACCCGGUGGUGGUGCGGCGAUUCGCGAUUCGCAACGGCAGCGGCGGCGACGGCGCGCGAAAAGGCGGCGACGGGAUCGAGCGCGCGAUCGAGUUUCUCGCGCCGGUGACCGUGUCCGUCUUGACCGAGCGAAGGGUGUUCGCCCCGCGCGGCGCGCGAGGCGGCGGCGACGGCGCGAAGGGUCUGAACACGCUGACGAGGAGGAGGAAGGACGACGGCGGCGGCGGCGACGGCGGCGAGGAAAAGGAUAUCGGCGGAAAGAACACGGUGACGGUGUGCGCGGGGGACGUGCUGACGAUACGCACCCCGGGCGGGGGCGGGUACGGGGAGAAGACGACGCGGGCGCGGGAGACGCGAUAG